UUAUUUGUUCCUGCACAAAUCAUGGAGCGGCUUGCCUGUGCCACACUCUGGCUUGGCCGGCAGUUGAGAGAUUGCAUAACAGCAGCAAUAAUGCAUCAGUGGAUGCAGACUCGCAGAGUUGUGCGCAGGUGCAAGUGCGCCUAAAGAUAGCUCGAGCGCUUUUAUUUUUCGGUCGCUGCAUUUUUCAAGAUGCUUCACGCUCGUGCUCGUGCUGGUGCUGGUGCUCGUGCUGGCGGGCCAGGCCUGCCUCCACCCUGGAUCAAGUUGCAUCGCUGAUUUAUCCUCUUGCACUUUUUGGCACCAAAACCUCCAUGGUUCGUUUUGUGCAGACACUUCUUCGGUGGACUUCCAGAAGGAGGAGCUGAACAACGACUGGCUCCAAAGUCCGGGGGGCGGAUUGGCUGUGCGAGCCAGGUUACACUUUAGAAACGGGUCGGGGGACUCGGGGGCAGUCAGUGGAUGCCCUUCCGGCAUUGGCGGCCAUGCAUCCCAUUCCAUCCCAUCCCACUGCCCAGCCCUCUCCAGCGAGCCUGCGUCGUGCCGUUUCUCGGAUUCUUGCCAAUUGGAGGCCAAGAGACUGUCAGUCGUCGUUCCGCUUCUGCUGCAGGUACACUGCAGGAACCUGCCGCCUUCAAGUUCGAACAACCCAACUUGGACUCGCUGCAUAUGCAAGCUGGACGUGAGGAACGGAGUACAAAACGACGUUGGCAGCAGUGUGUUUCACCCUCGCCAGCAGGAGAAUUGGGGCACUACUUCGUCCCCAUUCUGCCCGUCCGUCUUCGAAUUCUGAUUCGCUUCUUCCCGCCCGGUAUUAAAUGGCGAUUAGCCAGCCGAUGGCUGCCUCCAGGGCUAGAGAGAACCAACCAACAAUUUUCUGGCUGCCUCCAACCCCACUCCGCGGAUCAUCUCUCCAAGUCGCCACUGGACCGUGCAAGGAUUUGUCCUGAAAAGACACAUUUUGUGUGGAGUUGGCCUUAUCAUCCUCUAUCGAUGCAAGUGGCGGCUUCGAGAACAGAGAUUGAGAGCAUGCACGAACGGACGAAUCCCGAGGACUUGGAACGCCUCAGACCUCAAAAAAACAUGGUGGAGCAAAAGGUCAUCCGGACACUUCUUCUGCGUCAUUCCAUUAUUUUACAGUAGGUUCCAGAGAACCACACGUACUCUUUGCUUCUGCUCUUCGUCGAUCGCAUCCGGUCUCGUCCCAUCUACAGUACUUUACACUCCG